AUGCCUUACUAUAAUCAGACCCAAGCCCCACCAAGUGUGUUUGGCAGGUUCGCACGCAAAACGACAGGUGAACAGCAGCAGCAAGGGGAAGGCGCAAGGGGCUUGAACGCUACGGGCAAUGAUGAAAGAGCAGGAGGAACCCAGCCUAGCAGAAAUACCACUACAACUGCCAAUACACAUCGGAGGGAGAGCAAUGUGCUGAGUCUCAACAGCGUGACGGAGCUGGGACAGAGUGUGAGGAGAUCGGUGUCGUUGCGCUCGCAUCGCUCGCAGCUCAGCGGCGGCUCUUCCAACGCUUUUGGACACCAGCCGCGAGCUUCUUCUGGCGCGCCCUUUCAGUCGAGCCUGAUCACUUCGCCGGUGGAAAGUGUUGGCGACGACGGUGCGGCGCCGCCCCCUCUUCACCCGGUACAGACGUCUCCACCUUGCGUGCCGCGAUCGCGAGGCAAGCCGUCCAUCUCCUCCAAAUUCUCCUCUCAGAGCCUGACGACCAUUGCCCCCACGGUGUCGUUGGGCAGCACACCUGAAAGGCCGACGACGGGCUCCGAGCUGCGAAAAACGCAAACUUCAUCUUCGACCACUUCUACAGCAACCAGACGUGUGCCGUCCGGUCGACCACCCGUACCUCCAUUGCCCUCCACCCACAUCACCGAGCCCGGCACAUUGAUGGGUUCUUCAUACCUGCACGGCAGCGCCACGCCUGCCACCCAGACCUCGUCCGUCGAUCCCAAGGUGGUGUACCGACAGAUCCACGAGAUCUGCGGCAAGCGGAUGGCGACGAUCGACUACCUGCGCAAAGUGCACGAGGGCAACAUCUUCUACUUCUCCACCCUGCACUACUCCCCCGCAGCCCUGCAGACUCUGCCAUCCAUGCAUCCUUCGAAACUUGGGCGGCGCGCGACAAACUUUUUCGUGCUCGGGUACAGCCUGCCUGCCCUGCUGGAUCUCAACGCAACCGGCACGGCCCUUGACUACCUACGCUCCCUCAACUCCCUGCUGCAAGAAUUCGAAACCUACCAAACCCUCAUGGGAAUCGACAUCAACGGCAACAGCCUGGGCCGCGGCCGCGUACAAAACAUGUUCAAACUAGGCGCACGAAGCAAAGGCGCACGCCGCACGAGCACAACAACAGACAGCAUCUUCCUCCCACCCAGCAACAGCAACAACGAGCACCUCAACGUCAACAAGUCUCCCACCUCCGCCGGCGGCGGCAGCGGAAGCGACAUCCCCAGCCCCCUGGAAACCAGCAGCCCCAUCAGCCCGGUAGCACUAGGCCACGACUUCCAGCACCUCGUCACGCCGCACCUCCCCUUCGACCCGGACUUCACCACCAUCUACGCCACCCUGUGCGACACCAUGACCGACACGUACGCCAAGGUCAUCGAUCUGAUCGCGAGCCCGGAGGUGUGCACGGCGAGUGUGGGCGAGGCGUUUGGCAAGGUCGACAAGGCGCUGCGCAAGAUUCUGGUAACGAAUGUGACGCGCGAGUUGGAGGAGAGUGGGCGGGCGAAUGUGAGGAGUGAGGUUGCGGGGUUGGGGAGGCUGGUGCUUGGCGGGCUCAUGUAG